UUCCAGGAAUGAAUUGUAGAGGAACUGGACUUGGUCGAAAGGCUCUCGAAACUUCGACCUCUUGCCCCUGCCCUUCCCCGAAAAGUCUUCUCUCCUCUUUGUUGGACUCAUUUUGGCAUUAUUUUAGGUUCCGAGAAUUGAAAGACCUUUUCAUACAAGGAUCAGGCACUACCAUCGCCUUCCUCUGCUUCACAUUUAUAUAUACUCUCCCUCUCAUACUCUGCUAAAUUAUAUUUGUUUUUCCGUGGUAGAGGGUUCAAGUCCUGAUCAUACCUUUGAACCCUUCUGAAAAUGAAGAAAGUGGUGUUGAAAUUGGACUUACACGAUGACAAAGCCAAGCAAAAGGCCAUGAAAGCAGUUUCAAGUCUUUCAGGAGUCAACUCUAUAGCCAUGGACAUGAAGGAUAAGAAAUUAACAGUGGUGGGAGAUGUAGACCCAGUAGAUAUCGUGAGCAAAUUAAGAAAAGGGUGGCACACCGAUAUUUUAACUGUUGGGCCUGCAAAGGAGGAGAAGAAGGAAGAUGGAAAGAAAGACGAAGGGAAGAAAGAUGAGAAGAAGGAUGGAGACAAGAAGAAAGAUACAGAGAAGCAGAUUCAAGAGCUUGUGGAUGCCUACAAAGCAUACAAUCCUCAUCUCACCAGAUAUUACCAUGUCCAAAGUGCAGAGGAAAAUCCAAACGCCUGUGUUAUAUGCUGAAUUAUCACUGUAUUUGAUUUUCAAAACUUUGGAGAAAAUGUUAUAGUUUUUAUUUCAUGGACGGCACAUGAUUCCACCGGAACUCGCAGACUCGCAGUGUGGUAUAUAGUUUAAGAAAAAUCUUUUUAAUUUUUGUCAUGAUAUUCAAUUUGAGAAAGUCACUUUUAUUAA